AUGUGGGUGCAACUGCAAUUUGGGGUUCCAUAUGGUGCAUCGGCCAAUCAGCGCACCUCGGGUAAUAAAAUCAUCGAGGGCCUCCUCCCACUCCAUGUUGCCAUCGAGAACACUUGCCAGCAUAAGUAUCUGGAGGACAACCUAUUAGUUGACGAGAACUACAGGAAUGGGAAUGUUGGGUACAUCUACAAGCUCAUACAACUGCUUUGCCUGCCUGAGAUGAAGAUCUUCUUGGACACCACUAGAUUGCUUGCAGCUCACACUGAUAAUGUAGUCGAUGAGCUCUGGAAGUUCAUGGAGCAUGGGAAGAUUGUCCCUGCAGCUAUUCUUCUCCUUGCAGCUCAAAGGCGAUUUCGUAAGCUCAAUGGUUUUGAUAUGAUCAAGAACCGUAUUGAUGAUUCUAUAUUCUCCCUGAUAAGGGAGGGGUGUGGAUUGCAAAUUGGUAAAAAUACCAAGGCAGCAAAGCAGCGGAAGGAGAAGGAAGUACGUUUCUAUAAUGCGUUGUUCCUUGUUAGGAUAAUUCUGAAAGCUGGUGAAGCUCUUGAUGCAUAUAUUCAAACUCAUUCAGAGGCAUCUCAUCACGAGGUCCAUGGAAAAGUUUCAGCAGUUCUCAAAAGUUAUGAUGUUGGUCCUCUCGGAAAAGAUAUUUGCAUUGAAGACCUUCAAUGCUUCCCCUAUGACUGUGGAGGGCCGGAUGGGGGCACAGAUUUGACCAAGGCAGCUAUUGGAUCACCUACUCCUCAAGCCAAGGAGAAAAAUGCCACGACGAAGAAACCACGGGUUAGGCAUCUGUAUGCAAGAGAUCAGUUUUUCCCGGUAUGGAGAUCAGUGUUAACAGCUCGGUUUAUUUCGAAGAUCUUUCCGCCCUACACACCGAAAAAAGACUUGCCACUGUAUACUUGUGAUGGGAGCUCGGAGAAGUUGAGAGCUGAAAGGCACUCUCAUAUUCUUCUUGGCACGUUGGAGAGAAAUUACUCGAGAGUAGCAAGUAAGCCGACGCCCGCAAGUAAGUAUCGGUCGAGAAGGUUGUUUGGCAUUGCUGCGUCGACUGCCCUGAAGAUGCUGAAGCGUGUAUGAAGACCCGGGCAGGAAGGUAUAAUAUCUUACUAGCAUAGCCCGCGCGGCGACACACCGCGCCCGUUGGUACGAUGUGUUCAUUUCAAUUGUGUUUAGUUUUUGCAUUAGUCUUAUCUAUCUCAUAUAGCAAUUAUUGUACAUAAAAUUGUGGAUACAGGGAAAAUAAGUAGGAAAUAAGCUAAUUUA